AUGCUCGGGCCAAAUUGGAAAGAAGGCCAUGAUAUGCGACAUAGCAAUGGCCCUUUCGAGUUGUUUUUGCCGGAUGACGAUGCUGCCGCAUUGGAAAUCAUAUGUUCUGUCAUCCACUAUCAGAACGAUAAGAUCCCACAGACCCUCCCUGCCAGCGACGUCCUGGCCGUUGCGGUUGCCGCAGACAAGUACGAUUGUCUGAACGCCAUACAAUUUGCAUACAGAGCCUGGAUCCGAAAACCGAAGGAGAAAUCGGAAGACCUUAUGCUUCUCACAGCCGCGGCUUGCCUCUUUGCGGAUGCACAAGCGUUCAAAGAGGCCACUGCAGCAUUGAUUCUCCACCAUCAUGGCUCUUAUCUUGCGCUCUCUGGGGAGGAGCUAGAAGCUAUUAUACCAUGGAAAAUAUUCUGUAUGCUAGAAGAGGAGAGAGGGUUUAAUUAA